AUGGACCACUGGUGCCAUCGGCCGAGCGCUUUCUCCAACAUUAGCGUGACCGCGUGGAAGGAGCUGGACAUUCCGCGUCACCCCAACGGAAGUUACAGCCACUGCACCGUGCGCGCACUGCCGGACGGCGGCGCUUGGGACCGCGUCGAGCCUUGCGUUGAAUGGGAGUUCGACCUGGAUGAGCACGGCAACACCGCGGUCAGUGAGUGGAGCGUCGUGUGCCAGCGACGCCAUCUGGCCGAUGGCGCCCAGGCGGUGCACCUCGUCGCCACGACCAUCACCUUUCUGGCCCUGGGUCCUAUAGCCGACCGCAUUGGACGCAAGGUGGUGUUAGUCUUGGCGCUCGCGGCUCUGCUGCUCAUGCUCGCGGCGACCGGCGUCGCGACUGACCUGCAGACAUUAAUCAUUGUGCGUUCAGUCGCAGCGGCAUCGUCGGCCGGCCUGUUCGUCAGAAGAGUGCUGCUGUACGAGAUAACUACCACGACCCGCCGACUGCUUUACACCACAAUCGGCUCGGCUCUUUCGUUUGUCAUCGCGCGGAAGUCUCCAUCUUUCGCGCACGUAUUGAAUGCGAGCUGGUCGGUUUGGCACAUGCUGCUAGCGUAG